AUGAAGAGAUUUAGAUUUCAUUUUUGGUUCAACGCGAGUUUCAUACUGCUCUGUGUAAGCGUUAGUUCGAGUCUCGAUUAUCGACUGGAACGCGAUGUGGUACCUUUAUUCUACAAUUUGACAAUCAGACUUUUGGCUGAUGAAGCCAAGCCAAAUACUUUUAACGGUGAUGUCAGCAUAACUUUGCAGGCUGUGAAAACCGAUAAAGAAAUAAAGGAAAUUACACUACAUUCAGAUGGCCUUGAGAUAGAGGAAUGCUUAUUUUACAACGAGUCUGGUGUCCUGAUAAGCACAAUUGAUGCCAAUCAAUUGACACUGGACAGAACAACACAGAAAUUAAGCGUCCUACUAGAAGAACCAUUGUCUUUGAAUGAAAAUUACACAAUUCGAUUUAAGUACUCUGGUGAAAUAGGUUCCGGAGUGGAGGGAUUAUUUGCCACAACCUACAUUGAGGAAGGCUCUGGAAUAACGAAGUCCGUAUACCUCACACACAUGCAAGCGAUAAAUGCCCGUUUAGUGUUUCCUUGUUUCGAUGAGCCUGCUUUCAAGGCUAAGUUUCAAUUGCAUAUAGAACGACCAAGCGGCUAAAUUAGCAACACCAAGCAAAUCAGCUCGUCUCUCGAAAGCAACAAACGUUAUCUGGAUCAUUUUGAGGUGACACCUGUAAUGUCCACUUAUCUGCUGACUUUCAUUGUCUCCGAGUAUACGGCCAGAGGUAAUGAAAGUGACUAUGCCGUAGUAUCAAGGCCAGAGUUCUAUGACAACACAGAGUUUAGCUAUAAUGUGGGAGAAAGAGUUUUGCCGGUAUACGAGGGACUAUUCCAACAAACCUACAAAGAACUAGGCAAUGAGCUUCUACAACAUGCCACAACGCCCAGCUUUCGCCACAAUACUAUGGAGAACUGGGGUCUUAUCAUCUACAAAGAUGCAGUUCUGGUGCAAAAACCUGGUUACACAGAUGGCUGGUCGGAUAAAGAAUUCACCAUUCGCAAUAUAGUUCACGAGACAUCCCAUAUGUGGUUUGGUGAUAGUGUAACCCUAUCCUGGUGGAGCCAUGUUUGGCUAAAUGAAGGAUUUGCUCGUUAUUAUGAGUUCUUUGUGGCGCACGAGCUCUAUCCAGAGUAUCAACUAGACCAACAGUUCGUCGUGCGCAAGCUUCAACAUAUAUUCCCCUCAGAUGCAGUAAAUAGUACCCAACCCCUGACAAGUCCGGAAGAAAGCAUUCAGACGUCUUCGGACAUAUACUUUAAGUUUGCGAAUAUUCCAUUCGCCAAGGGGGGCAGCAUUGUGCGGAUGUGGCGCAAUGCCAUGGGGCAUGACAACUUUGAUGCCGCCAUCAGAGACUACCUCAAGCAGCACCAUUUGGGCAACACUGAACCUCAGGACUUGUUUUACCAUCUCAAACAAUAUUGGCCAGUAAAAUCAGAACUCGUCAAUUUGGAUCAGUUUUUAUACGAUUUUACUGAGCAAGUAGGCUUCCCGAUGAUUGUGGUCAAUGCUAGUUUUGAGAAUAAGCAAAUCAGGGUAGAACAAAAUCGGUUUUUACUUAGUCCUGAUUUCCAGAAUCUCACUCCCAUCGGUUACUUUAGCAAAGUCGUUGAUGUAUAUGAUAUCUGGUUUGAUGAAGCCAUUGAUUGGAUCGUCUUCAACUUGAAGCAAUCCAACUACUAUCGUGUUUUCUAUGAUGCACCGCUCCUGAACAGCCUUCAGUUGGCAUUGCACAAGUCAGACCACAGCGGUAUCGCGGUAGAGAAUCGAGCUCAGAUUGUGGAUGAUCUUUUUAGUUUCGCCCGUUGAAUAGGGAUUCCCGGAGAGAAGGAAAAUAACCCAAUCUU